AUGAAGAUUUUCAGUCUUAUUUCAUCCGUGGCAAUUUUAAGUCAUCUGACGCCUGGAAUCGAAGCUGCCACUUCAAAUUAUAGGUGUCGCCACUUGGUCCUUGGUUCGGUUACUAUAGAUAGUAUUAUUGCACAUACAUUUGUAAAUCAAAAAGACAAACUUCAAUAUGAUUGGCAGCCCAAUCAAAAAUUUGCUACAGGAGCUUUCGACCUCGAUGUAAAGGAUGUAAAUGGAAUUGUCACAGUUUUGAUUGAAGUGGACAUGGACGUUCAGAAGAAAGUAUUGGAUAUAAGGGUUCUCGCUCUGGACCAAGUGUUUCCCUGUAAACCAACACAAGAAAGGCCUAAUUACAAUGAACCACUGCCAGCAUAA